AUGCCGAAUGUGUUUGUUCUUCCUUAUAUAUAUAAUAUAUCACUUUUCGACGGUGCAGGGACGGUUUGGAGUGCAUGUGUUUUCUUAACAACGGCUAUUGUGGCUAGCCCUCUGUUUCUGUCCUUGCCUGGGAACGUUGCACAACUUGGAUGGGUUGCUGGUCCAGCCGUGAUCAUCUUCUUCUCCCUCGUGACUUUCCACACCUCCGCUUUGCUCUGCGCCUGCUAUCGUUCACCUGUCACUACCAAGAGAAACCAUACUUACAUGGAUGCCAUUCGAUCCAACUUGGAUGGGGCAAAAGUCAAGAUAUGCUUGGUGAUUCAGUACCUGAACCUUCUUGCGGCAGCCAGCGAGUACACUGUAUUUGCAGCCCUAAUGAUGAUGCACGUAGCUAGGGAUAUCAAGUACUGGCUCUCUAAAUGUCGCAACGCAGCUGAUCAUGCAUGUUAUGUUAAUCCCAUGCCAUAUUUCAUGGCUUUUGCCGUUGCUCAAAUAAUUCUCUUUCAAAUUCCCAAGUUUCCUCAGCUGCGCAUGAGUUUCUCCAUUCUGUGUCUUAUAAUGUUCGUACUUUAUUCAGGAAUUGGUCUUGGCCUUGCUAUCGCUAAAGUUGCAGGUGUGCAUGGGAUAUAUUAUACUGACCUUCCAUUGACGGAUGGUAAUAACACUACGACUCCAGCCCAAAAAAUAUUGAAGAUCAUCCGAGCAGUCGGGGAUAUAGCUCAUGCAUACGAUUUAUCAGCCGUCCUUAUUGAAAUCAUGGACACAGUUAAAUCCCCACCAUCAGAAGCCGAGACAAUGAAAAAGGCCACUCGACGUAGCCUUAUACUCACAACCUUUGUCUCCAUGCUUCAUGGCUUCUUGCUUUUUGCUGCUUUUGGAAAUAACGUACCUCCUCGUGUAUUCCUCCUUCAUGGCUUCUAUAAACCAUAUUGGCAGCUUGACAUGAUAGCAAGUGCUGCCAUUGUAAUCCAACUUUCUGGAGGAUACCAGAUCUAUUUGCUACCCAUUUUGGCCAUGGUUGAGGAAACCCUAGCAGAGAGAUUCCCAGAUAAUGAAUUCAUCACCAAAGACAUUAAAAUCCCGACCGGCUGCAAACUCAACCUCUUUCGACUGGUUUGGAGGACACUUUUCGUUAUCACAACCACUGUGUUAUCAAUGUUUCUAACAAUCUACGUCGACCUACUUAAACUCUUUCAGAUUUUGGCCUUUUGGCCUAUCGCAGUUUACUUCCCAGUGGAGAUGUAUAUGGUGCAAAAGAAGAUACCAAAGUGGAGCAAAAGAUGGAUUUGCCUUCAAAUUCUCAGUGUCGGGUGGCUGAUUGUUUCCAUAGCCACAGCUGCUGCCUCUAGUGUUGAUAUUUUUAGUACUGGGUCUAAUUAUUAUGAUCCCUUCAAGCCAAAGUAUUUCUAG